UUUUGUUCGUCUAAGUAUGGGCUCAUCUUCGUCAAAACCAAUUUUAACAGAAAAAGAAAAAGGACUUUUAGAAGAAGCAAGACGACAUGCUAAGAAAAAUAGACUUGAUAGUAGGACUAAACACUACAAUCAACAAGUUGCUAAAUGGGAGACGUUUGAGCAAUAUUUUGCCAUAAUUGGAUCAAACAAUCCAGGAAAGUCGUCAUUCAUCAACGCCAUAAGAGGAAUUGAAGAGGACAAAAAAGAGGCCGCACCAAACGACGAAUCAGAUUUGGAAGCAAUAUAUCCUCAUCCUCAAUACAAAAAUAUAAAACUUUGUGAUCUUCCUGGCAUUGGAGCUGGUGAAAAUUUCGAUCUUGAAACGUACUGUAGCAAUAUUGGUGGUCUGAAGAAGUACGAUGCAUUUCUAAUAUUUAGCAAAUCCAGGUUCACAGUCCAAGAGAUAGAACUGGUUGAAAAAGUUUCCAAAGAGCUCCAAAGGCCUUUCGUUUGCGUUCAUACGCAUGCGAAUGUCAAUGUUACGACUGCAAAAGAGGGUGAAGCCUUUGCAUCACAGUCUACCGAAGCCACUGCAUUAGAUAAAAUAAAAAUAUAUUGCUAUGACAAGCUGAAAGGUUUAGUAAAGAAUGCAAGUGAUGUUUACGUAAUUGAUAACAAUGAUACAGAAAAAUACGACUUUGAUCGUCUGCGUGAAAAUGUCAUCUUGAAGUUGCUCAAACUUCGAAAAGAGUAUUUUUUACAUUCUCUUAACGGUGUCAUUUACGGAAAUAGAGAAUUAUCUGAACAAGAAAAACGUUUAGAAGAACCUAAGUUCCGUGUUAACAAGUAUGGUUUAAUUGAUGUUGACGAUUUUUAACAAACGUCAAAUUGCUUCAUGGAGAAACAUGAAAAUAAAUAUUGCUGUAACAGGAUUUUCUGGAGCAGGAAAAUCAUCUUUCAUUAACGCCGUAAGAGGACUCAAACCUCGCCAAAAGGGUGCAGCACCAGUUAAUGUUACCGAAACCAAAACAGUGCCCACUGAAUAUUCUCAUCCUGAAAAUGAAAACAUCAAACUCUGGGAUCUACCUGGCUUUGGGAAACCUACAUAUCCUAAUAUUGAUGAAUAUUGCAAGAUUGAGGAAAUACGACGCUUUUCUUAUUUUUUCCAAAUCCCGGCUCAUUCAACUUGACAAAGAACUGGCUGAAAAAGUUUCAAAAGACCUCAAACAGCCUUUCUUUUCGUUCGUACUAACGUUCGUUACGAAAUCGAGAAUGCCAUGCUUGACGAAGGAGCAAAGUCUGACGAAGCAUCUGUCUUAAGAAAAAUGAAGAGAGAUUGUUUGAAAAAUUUGAAAGGCUUAAUUCAUAAUAAGAAAGAUGUCUACAUGAUUGACAGCAGGUUUCCUAAAAAAUACGAUUUCGAAGAUUUACGUACGGCUGUUCUCACAGAGUUGCUAGAACGUCGAAGUGAACAUUUUCUAAAAUCUUUGCUCGAUGUAAUAUACAAAAAUAGCUCAAUGACUCAAGAAGAUAAGUGCUUUGCUCAAGUUAGAGAUCGCGUUGAUCGUCAAGGUCUUUCUGGUAUUAAUGAUUUUUACCAUCGUCAAAUUAGUUCUUUGAAGGAAGAAAAGAUAAUUCUUGCUGUAACGGGAGUUAGUCGAACAGGAAAAUCAUCUUUUAUUAACACUGUGAGAGGACUUAAAGCUCACGAAAAACAAGCAGCACCAGUUGGUGUUACAGAAUCAACUUCAGUUCCCACUAAAUAUGUUCAUUCAAGUAAUGGAAACAUCAUUUUUUGGGAUCUACCAGGCAUUGGAACACCUACAUCUCCCAAUCUUCAAGAAUACUGUAAAAACGUUUGUGGUCUGCAGAAGUACGACGCAUUUAUUAUCUUUUCCAAGACACGAUUCACUCAACAUGACAAAGAACUGGCUGAGAAACUUUCAAAAGAGUUAAAAAAGCCUUUCUUUUUUGUUCGUACCAACGUUGACAAAGAUCUCGAGAACGCCAAAGAAGAUGAAGGACCGCAGUUUAAUGAAGAAUCUGUUUUGAAAAAAAUGAGGAAAGAUUGUCUAGACAAUUUAAAAGAUUUUAUUAAUGAUGUAAAGAAUAUCUACAUGAUUGACAACAAGGUUCCAGAGAAAUACGAUUUUGAUCGUUUGGUAAAAUCAAUAUCUUUGGUUUUACCAGAACUUAAAACAGAAUGUUUCAUUCUUUCUUUGAGUAACGUGACACGUAAAUGCACAAAAAGUAAGGCCAAGUUUUUGAAAGGUUUGUCAUUUAACAUAAAUUAACCGGAGUGACUUUAGCCAAUCAUUCAUGAAUAUAAUUUAUAUAGUGUUAACAACACUG